AACAAUAUUAUUUUUGCCGUAGCGGCGUUACAACAUUUUUUCAAGACCUGGCUUCAUUCCAACUCUGUCCGUGAAGUUGAGCACAUCGUUUUCCCGCAGUUCCGUGAGUCGGUAGUACCGGUCCUUUGUCAGUUCUUUGUCGGAAAAAGUACUUAAAUGAAAAAGCAGUAGUUUUGUGAAAAUUUGAUUCGUUAUAGUUUGAAACCAGUUGAAGGCAAAAGUUCGAAGAAAAAAUCCUCGUUUAUUGAAAUUGAGCCAUCAGAAAUAAUUGAUAACGUGAUUUUGAUAGUUUGGCGAACGUCAAGCAAUAUCGCAGAACCAGUGUGAAAAAGAAAGGCAAAAGCGGAAAAAAUAUAUAUUUUGGAAACCCCAUUAAAAGUUGAUACAAAAGUGAGUCAGUUUUAAGUCCAGAUUGCCAUUCCAGCAAGAUAAUACAUUGCAAAGAUUGUGUGUCGAGUCGAAGAAGGAAAUACUGUUCGAGAGCGAUAAAAACGGAAUAUUUGCUUGAGCCACUGCACAAAGCGAAUAAGCCUUGCAGGAAAACCAGUGAUCGACAUCGUUCCACAUCUGUGAAAGAGAAUUUGUCUCGAACGGCAACUAGGCUGAUUGAGUGGUGAAGCGGCAGCGCAGAUAUACGCAGAAGUGCAGAAAAGAAACCAGUAGACAAACGAAACUGAUUUUAAAUCAGUCAAUCGGUAAACUCUAAGAGCAAAUUUCUGGAACAUCGAGGGCCCAACAAAGUACACAACUACACAGGAGCGAACCCACGGCACUGCCAACUUCACCCGACAGAGCGGAGCCCAACAGCAGCCUCACAAAUAUGAAUGGCUCAGGCUACGAAAUCAACACGAAUGGUGAUAUUCUAUCACAGAACCAGCAGAAAGGCUGGUGGACCAUCGGUUUAAUCAAUGGUCAGUACAAGUACAUGACAGCCGAAACCUUCGGCUAUAAACUGAAUGCCAAUGGAGCUAGUCUAAAGAAGAAGCAACUGUGGACGCUGGAACCAUCCAACACUGGAGAAAAACGCUGGCAGCCAGGUGCCAAUCCAAAAACAGACGAUAAAGGUGUCAUCUAUCUGAAGUCACAUUUGGGCCGAUAUCUGUCGGUGGACUCAUUCGGCAAUGUCCUGUGUGAAUCGGAGGAACGCGACGCUGGCAGUCGGUUCCAGAUCAGCAUCGCCGAUGACAACUCAGGACGAUGGGCACUGAAGAACGAGCAACGUGGCUACUUCCUCGGUGGUACCCCGGAAAAGCUGACCUGCACUGCCAAAGCCCCGGGCAAGGAGGAGUUUUGGAGUGUGCAUCUUGCUGCUAGGCCACAGGUUAAUCUACGCGCCGUUGGACGCAAACGGUUUGCGCAUCUAUCGGAAUCGCAAGACGAAAUCCAUGUCGACGCCAACAUUCCAUGGGGCGAAGAUACGCUCUUCACGCUGGAGUUCCGCACCGAUGAAGAGGGACGAUACGCACUGCAUACAUGCAACAACAAGUACCUCAACUCAAACGGAAAGCUUGAAACCAAAUGCACCGACGAUUGUCUGUUCAGUGCCGAGUACCACAGUGGCCACUUGGCAUUGCGUGACCGCCAUGGGUUGUAUCUGUCCCCAAUUGGGUCGAAGGCCGUCCUCAAGUCACGCUCACAGACCGUCACUCGGGAUGAGCUGUUCUCGCUGGAAGACUCGCUGCCACAGGCUUCGUUUGUCGCUGCUUUGAACAACAAGUACGUUUCGGUCAAGCAAGGCGUGGACGUAACCGCCAACCAGGACGAGAUUGGCGAUAACGAAACGUUCCAGCUGGAGUACGAUUGGUCUGCCCAUCGUUGGGCCUUGAGAACAACUCAGGACCGUUACUGGUGUCUUUCCACUGGUGGUGGUAUUCAAGCCACUGGAAACCGCCGUUCGGCUGAUGCACUCUUUGAAUUGGUUUGGCAUGGAGAGGGCUCUGUGUCGUUCCGUGCCAACAAUGGAAAGCUGCUGGCCACUAAACGAUCGGGACAUCUUUUUGCCACCGCUGAAGCAGUCGAAGAUACCACCAAAUUCUAUUUCUAUCUCAUCAACCGACCGAUUCUGGUGCUGAAGUGCGAGCAGGGCUUUGUCGGUUAUCGUGCCCCGGGAAGCAAUAAGCUUGAGUGCAAUAAGGCUAUCUACGAGACCAUCCUGGUUGAGCGUGCACCCAAGGGUGUGGUGUACUUCAAAGGUCAAAAUGGAAAAUACUGGCGAAUUGACGGCGAAGGAAUUGCAGCAGAUUCUGACACACCGGUGGAUGGAUUCUACAUUGAACUGCGAGAACCCACGCGCAUCUGCUUGCGAUCCAAAGACGGUCGGUACCUCGGGGCGACGAAGAAUGGCACAUUUAAGCUGGUUGACACCGGAUUUGACACGGCCACACAGUGGGAAUACUAAGAAGCAUCUUUCGUCGGCAUCUCAUCGGUUCGGGUUAGAACUCGCAUUCGAAAUUUUAGCAUGUUAGGUUACUCUUCUCGCACCUCUUCUACUAUUGCUACAUACUAUACGAGUACGAUGGAAGACUAUCGGAAACAAACGAAAUUCAUUGGAAGGAAAACCAUACACGACGCAAUCAAUCUCUCUCACUCUUUUAAACUAUACUCUUCAUAUUUUAUUUGUAAAUUUAUUUUACUUACUUUCUUAUUAUAAAAGAUAGAGUAUUUUAUAGAUGCAGUCAAUGAAAAAAAUGAUAAAAGAAAGCUCUCAACUCGAGCAAGCGUUAGAGCAAAUAAUUUCGAAGAUUCGUAUUGUUAUUUCGAAGCAACCAUCUCAAUGAUGCAUGCGUAAUAUUUAUUGCAAUAUUCAUACAUCAAAAAAGCUAAAUUAGGGAUAAUAUCUAGUGAUCACUUAAAUUAGAAACAAACUAUCAUAAACAUGGAAUGAAUAAAAUAAAAUGUAUGACAUAACAAAAUCAUGCUUUUUCUUGAACACAAACAAACAUUAUCGUCUCAAUUCUUAAAGCAAGCAAUCAAAGAUUAAACUACAAAGUUGAUAAAAGGUAGAAGGUGUUUGAUGUUGAUAGACAUUCAACCCGCAAAAGUGAUACACUGCUUGAUAUAAUUCAUUUUGCCAAUCGUUAAAACGAAAACGUCCAUCAACAAAUUCAUAUUAUAUACCCCAACGCCCGCGAGACACAUAUUAAGAAGUGAGAUCCAUCAUCACGACCAUAUUCCUCAAAUAACGAUGAAACUGUGAAAAAUAUAAUAAAAUGGAACUGUAUAAUAAAUAACUCAACAACUGCCAAACAGUCUGAUUGGUUUGUUCUACCACCAGCAAAUCAAACAUCAAUAGAAUCAGUUCACUUUUUCACGCACGACCCAGUCCAAGAACGUCAUUAGUUUUUAUUGCUGUCUCCAAGAUCAUAAUAAAACCAAACAUAGAUCACGUAUGGGUACAAUACCCACGAUUGAUGACGCAAAUAUAUGCAAUUGCAUCAAACUUUGUAAAGUAUUUAUCAUUAGAUAUGAGUUUUUUUAAGUGCUUAGGAACUCCAUUAGCAAAGCAUGUAAAAAAUACUAAUUUAUUAUGUUUAAGUUAGUCGAGAAAAGUGUUCUUGUGUUGUAACAGACCAUAUUUCGACAAAUAACUUUGAGCGCGCAAUGAUGGGGAAAAAAUAUGGGCCUCCCGAUUUGGCACAGAAAAAACGGCGGAUAACGUACAGCGAAUAAUUUUCUAUCGUCCGUACGAAAACGCUAUUUGGAAUAUUUUACGAAUUUAUAAAAAAAUAAAAAUGAUACAAUAUACAGAAAAAAGAAAGCAUAAUGUAAACGUAUGUGUGUAAUCAAAUCGAAUUGAAGUAAAUAUAUCAAUAAAAUAAUAA